CGCCCUACUCAUGUCUAACAGCACUGUCCCAGCGGACCCAGCCGUAGAGGUGCCCUUGUUCCAAGGCCGGCUGCCCUUGCUUGUGGAGCCAGCAGUCAUCAUCAUGCUCCUUUGUCUAAUGUGCUCCCCGACGAAGUCUCGCAUCGACCAGGAAAAGUCAAAGCUUGGCUCUUUCUUUACACGAUCAUGGGCUCUAGUGGCCGCCGUGCAGCUCAUCAACGUGUUUUACACCAUCUUGAUCUAUGAGCGACAUGAUGGGGCAUUUCUGACACUCGAUACGCCUUCUUCGGUCUCCGAUAAAACAGUGCCUGGUGUUCGGCCUGUUAUGUUCUCUGUACUCUUCGCAAUGAUUACGGUGUUCUACGCCCAAGUUGGAAUGACCGUCAUAUACUCCCAAGCAUCCAGAGGACGGAGCUUCAAAAUACGGCUUGCCCUAUUUGCACUAGCUGUCCUUGGAUUUGGGUGGACUGGAGGUUCAUGGAUCUCCUUCGGUCGUCUGUGGCCUGGGCGCACAUUCGUGGAGGAACUCGAAUGGAUGAUGCUGGGGCAGAUCUUCAGCAUUUCUUUCGAUGUCCUUAUGUAUGUGGCUCUCUGCCGUCUUCACCGAGAAGCUGAUGCGGAUAGGCAGCCCCAGCUGUCCAGAUUAAUCUCCAUCGCAUAUGUCACGAUCCAGAUUUCUGUGGUAUUGAUGAGCCUGAGAGGUUUUGGCAUGCUCUUCCGCAUGCCCUGCAACGGAUGGCUCGAUUAUACCUUCAAGAUUGGUGGUGGAUUAAUCACCUGGAACAUUCAUCUUUUAUCAUUUUUCCUUAUGUGGAUUAUGAUCGAAGGCGAUACGCAGGUCGCAGCUGGUGCAGGAAAUCUCGCUUCGGAGAGCGACCCAAUUGCGGCGGCCAAAGAUACUGUGACGUUGAUAGAUGUCUAGGCUUCUGGUUCCUUCCUUGUGUCUGUGGCAAGUACUGAAAUGAUCUCGGUCACGGUGACAGGACCAAAGCACUACCACUUGUUGUAAUCUAGACUUCCGACUCGGAAACAUAACUUACUGCUGGUACACUACUAAUUCAUCUUUUACAAUCA